CACCUGCUAUAAACAAAAUCUUCGCAACGGACCAAAAAAAUCCAGGAAUAUGAACUGGGAAAACAAGUUUUCCUCUAUACUUCGUGAAACAGAGUCAAAUCUAUCAAAGGCUAAGAGAAAGCUAUAUACCCCAAAACAUGGUUACCCGGAUCUGACAAGCAGAGGCUUCAGUAGUUCCCUUCCAAUGAGGCGUGCGUCCUCGCUGUUAGACAUGUCUGGGUAUGUCCCGGUGAUGACCAGUACCCCCCAGCUGGCUGCCCCACCCCAAACAUCUAUCACCUCAUCUCAACUUGUCAGCUCCUUACAAGAAAAGAUGGAGCAACAGAACAGGCUAAUUGAUCAGUUGAUGCAGAUGGUUAACAAACUUGAAACAGACAGAAACAACUACAGUGAACAAAUGAGGGAUGUCCGAGAUCAGUUAUAUCACCUGAGAACUCACAACCCAAAGCCUGACAGAGGUCUGGACGUGGAAAACAAAAUCGAUCAACUGCGACGAGACUUACAAAGUGAGAUUAAUAGCAUACACAUCCAGCUACAGCGAAACUCAGUGGACCAUACAAUACAGAGGGACAUCAGGGAUUUAAAAAAUAAUGUCCAGGAUGACCUUGACCUGAUGAGGAGAGACAUAGACAUACUGAAGUCUAGGAUUGGUAAAGUAGAAAAUGAAGUAUCAUCUGUUGUGAAAAACAGGAGGGGUGUGUCACAGUAUGAGAAGGGACAAAGUCAUCAGCCUUCCUUAACUUCAACUGCGGACACUUGGGGUAGAGUCCGGGACCAGUACCAGAUACAAGACCUUAGGUCCACUGUGUCAUCAUUGAAAAACAAGGUGGAUAAUUUGGAGUACUCUGUAGGGAGUGGCUCAGUGACACCGAAACAGAAAUACACAUCCCACAGCGGGGUACACACCCCUCUAUACAUCAACGCAAAAUCCUCCACUCUCUAUGAUAAUGGUUAUAAAUCAGAACAAUCUGUAAACAGUGUAAUGGACCUAGAUGACCUUGACCUCUCUGAUGAUGAUGAAAGUACAGACUUUGAGAUGUUUAACCCUCAGAAAGCCCAAAUCAGCUCUACUUUAGUGGACUCAGAUGAAGACAUUAACCUCUCUGACCUUGACCUUAGUGAUGAUGACCCCUUGGUGUUGUGAUAUUUUACAUAUUUCUCUUGCCUAAUUCAUAUACGUAUGUACUUUGUACUCCUGUCAAUUAUUUGUAGUGCAUUUAUUUCAUAUUAUUAAAAAUACAUGUAGUAAAUAUACAUGUAAAAUACUGUUUA